AUGCUACUGCAAGACGAAGAGAUGGAGGCCUUGGAGGCAGCGCUGUCGUUUGUUGACGACUUCACACACGACGUACACGUAGAAGAAGAUAUACUCCAAGGAUGUGUGGAUUCUGAACGCUCCCCCUUGCAGUCUACUUCCCUAACUGUGCAGACGAACGGAGAUGAUGUAGCGAAUGAAUAUGUUGCGGACAAGGAACUUGGGAUUUUGCUGGUGGAAGUUGAGCUUCCGAGCUCGCAAAAUUCGAUUUCGGGGUUUAAAUAUGAGUCAAUGACAGUCGAAUCUGAUGUGCAUGUGGCAAAUUCCUCAUACAGCGCUGCCCAAACCGCAGCCAGUACUCGCUCUGAUAAUCCCACUCUGCAACGUGUACGCGGCGAUGCCACAGAGAAACCUGUAGUUGGGAAGACGAAAAAACGAGUACGAUUGAAUCCUAAUCGAGCGCGGGAUAAUCGUAAGAACGAGCUGGCCUACCUGCGCAACAAAGUCAAGCAAAUGGAACAGCAAUUACAAUCUCUUCGCCUACAACGUUUCGAAAACAAGCACACAAUUCAAACAGUGCAUCCCACACAAUUGUUCAUGAAUCAAUCAGGAAUGCCACCCGUCUGGCGGGACAUGGCAUCGACCCAGCAAAAACGACGAGAAAUGGCGGAGCGCGAGAAUGCGCGUCUCAAACUGGUUCUUGAAAAUCAGAUCAAAUUGGCGAGAAGUAUGGAGAUAGUUAUGCAACGACGAACACGGCAGCAGCUAGCUGGCUUUAACGGUAUUGUGAGCAAUGCGGUCGGCGACAUGCAGAGUUCCACGUGGGAUCUUCUUCUUGAUAAAGAGACAUACGAUGCGUUGCUUGCCCGCGCAGAGACAGCUUACCGUGAGGUAGAUGAAGUCCUCGCUGCCAAUGGCCUUGAUUUUCUCGAAACUGCUUGUACAAAUGCUCAGAUGCGUGAAAGUCCCGAGGGCAUGUAUGUGGAUAUUUUCACCAGCAAAAUGUUACCAUUUGAUCUAAAUACAGCGGCCGAAGCUGUUUGGACCCACUUCCGAGGCAGCGAAAAGCACCGGGGAAAUAUCUACGAAAAUUUUUCAAAGGAUGUCGAGUCAUCUUCAGACACCGUUGCAGAAAUGUUCGCCAUUGAAUUCAUGGCGAAUGACUUGGCUGCUGACUUCCGCGUUAAACAGGUUGUGCGGCGCUAUAUUGAGAAAGAUCGGCAAGUUGUAGUAUGGGUUUCCACUGCAUCAGCUCUCGAAAAUUCAAAGUCGCCUUUUUCAAGCUAUGGUUUCCGCGAGAAGGGCUACGUCAUCAGUAAACGCGUACGGGGCUGUGGGAGUUUCUCAAUGUUCCAAACGUGCUGUUUAGUUUCGCCUCAAAUGCCAGCAGCUCAUUGA